ACGGUUGUUUUGUUUCUAUGGAUUUUUCUUGUCUGAGCUGUCAUACAUGCUAGCUUUUUUUUCUGUGACAAAAGUGUAUUGUUGAAUUAAAUUUUUCCAAAACAACAAAACGACAGAUAUUAAUCGUUCUUGUUAGCACCCUGUUAGCUACGCAGCUAUUGGCAGUCUUAGUAGAGCAACGGCUGAUCCACUGUAAUGUCUCUGCCUCCAGAAAGAGCCUCCGAGCUUAAACAAGUCAUUCGCAACCAUCUGCUCAAGAUUGAUAUCCAUGGGAAAAUCCGGGAGGUGCUGGCAGAGACUGUGAAGGAUAGUCAAGGUUCAGCACAUCAGCUGUCUGAGGUGGAUUUCUUGCGUGCGCUGCAGAGAAGGGGAAUAAUUGAUGACGUGAUGGAGGACCUACACUUUCCCAAGGAUGGGGAAUAUUUAGAUGCAGAAAUAGGAUCUCCUCCAAGGCCUGCUACCCACUUUGUUGACAAGAGUGUAACUCAGUUAGAAAAAACAGACAUUGACCCAUCAAGGAGGUAUCUCUAUCUCCAAGUGCUUGGUGGUAAAGCCUUUCUGGAGCACCUCCAGGAGCCAGAGCCUUUGCCUGGGCAGGUGUGCUCCACAUUUACACUGUACCUGCACUUCCGAAACCAGAGGUUUCACUCCAAACCAGUACCAUGUGCCUGUGAACCAGACCUUAAGGAAGGCUUCCUCCUAGAGAUCCACAGAGAGGGUACAGGAAAAGGCAGCACGAUGGCAGAUCCAACAACCAUGCUGUCAAUGUGUGACCCAGUUCACUUAGUUCUUAUUAAGACAGACACCUCCAGUCAGACAACGCUGGUCUCGUCCUACUUCCUGGACUGGAGGAGAGUCCUUAGCUCACCCAGUGGGAAGACCUGCUUUGCUGUGGAGCUGAUGGGAGUUGGGAGUGAAUGUAAAGUCCCAGCUGGUGUUUUGACUGUUAGUCUGGAGCUCUACCCUCCUCUCACAGAGACGCUGAGCAGUGACAUCAUCAGCACACAGAAAUCACUUGAGAAGCAGAGGACAGAGGAGAAGGAGAGGCUCUUUUUGGUUUAUGCUAAACAGUGGUGGAGGGAGUUUCUCGAAAUACGCCCAUCACAUCAAUCUAAAAUGGUCAAAAUCUUUGCACAGGAUGAGAAUGGCAUCAACAGGCCUGUGUGUUCUUACGUACAUGUCCUCAGGGCAGGCCGGCUCCUUGAGAGCCCUCGACAGGCAGCCCGCUUUGUCAGCCUCCUGCCUCAUGAGAAGGCUCCCAUGAUUGGAGGAGGAGGAGGCAAACAGGAGCAGUGGUGCACAUUAAUGUCUUUCCUGUGCAGAGGGAAGGGGGACUGUGAAGACCACGCCACCCUGCUGUGCAGCCUCCUGCUGGGCUUCGAACUCGAUGCCUAUGUCUGUGUGGGAACUAAAAACAAGGGAACUCCACACACCUGGGUCCUGACUCGUGGGACUGAUGGGAGCAUCACUUUCUGGGAAAGUCUGACAGCACACAGAUACCUGCACCGGCCCAUAGACCCUGACGCCCCACCUCUGGCCCCCCAGCCCAAACCAUCCUCCCCCUACAGGACUGUGGGCUGCGUGUUUAACCACCAGACUCUGUUGGCCAACUGUCAGCCAUCAGACGCUGUAGAGCUUUGUGUGUUUGACUUCCAGAAUCAGUCUCGGUGGAAGGCGAUGAGUGAAGAGGCUCUGGCAUCUGUCUGUGCUCUGGGCUCCACCACCUCCCUGCCCCCUCUGCCUCCUCUCUGUGCCCCGUCUCUGGAUCCUGCUGCUGCCAGCAACCAGCUAGAGCUGGAGAUGCGCUUCCUGGUCUCUGAGCACAGGAAGGACCUGGACAUGGCAACCGUGUGGGAUGACCGCCUGUCCUACCUUCUGUCCUCUGCACUCUCAGCUUAUGAGCUGGAGCGCUGCUACGGCGUCUCGUGUGGCAACGAGGAGUUCCAGGAUGCAGUAAGGAGGGCCGUGCCGGAUGGACACACCUUCAAAGGCUUCCCCAUCCACUUCCUUCACCGCAAUGCUCGUAGAGCCUUUGCUACCUGCCUCAGGUCUCCAUUCUGUGAGGAGAUAGUGAAUUGUCGUGGCGACCAUGUGAGGCUUGCAGUCCGUGUUCGGGUGUUCUUCUAUCCUGAGAACGCGUGUGCAGUGUGGCUCAUGUUUGCAUGUAAAUACCGCUCUGUCCUCUGACCAACACAAACCCAACACCCACCAGAUCAUGUUGCACUUUUGAUGAAUUUAGAAACCUUUAAUACCUUCCAGGUCUGGUUUAUGUGGAUUUAUAUAUUUACAUGAGCAGACCUGGACCCACAGUGUGCCUACAUUAGAUGCUGUACUCUGACUGCUGUGAUGCUGAAGAUUUUAUGAUUUUAACCAUUUAUUUGUAUA